GGUUUUAAUUUUAGAUAUAUAUGUUUAAAUGAAAACAAAAUAAGUGAGAUCUUCUCUGUGGACCGUGUAACUACAGAACCUGUCAUGGCGACCCUGAGAACCGUGGUUUUACUGCUAGCUGUUGUUGGAGUACUGGGAUUUAACAUCGACACAGAAAAUAUUGUGAUUCUUGAUGGACCUAAGAAGGGCAUACAAUUUGGAUUCUCCUCAGGAAUGUAUCAUUGGAAUGAGGAAACAUGGGCCAUAGUCGGUGCUCCAAGCUCGAACAGUACCAUGUAUGAUGAGAUCCCAGAACCCGGUGGUUUCUUCAGAUGCCCAAUUGAUUUCAAAGCUGGACAACGAGCUUCGUGUACAAGGGCGAUGCCAGCCGUCGAACCACCAUUUUUGGGAACCGCGGCCACAUAUAAACAGCAAAACCAACUCCUUGGCUCCAACAUUCUUAUCAGGAACAACACUUUCAUGGGAUGUGCAUCCAAGCACAAGAAGACGGAUAGAGAAGCGUUGAAUGGGUUCCUCUACGUAUUGGGACGUUGUAAUGUUGGGAAUUUGUCUGACCCGGAUGGACCAAUGCGACGUACAAAUUUCAAAAUGAGGCAGCUUGUGACAUCUGGAUCAACCUUCAGGACGGGCAUGUGUCUUAUGGGAUUUUCCUCCGCACAGCUAAAGGUCGACGUCGAUAAUGGAGAUACAAAGAAUGGGAUACCAACCUUCAACACAGUUCUUGGCGCUCCAGGUUUCUACGAUGGGAAGGGUGGCUAUAUAAUGAUAGAUAUUGAUAAUUUGCGGGACAGAUGGGAUUAUCUUGUUUCGGACGACGAUGACCUGGGAAAUUCAUUUACCAAAGGAGCCUACCUUGGGUACUCAGUAGGGUCUGGAAAGUUCGGAAAUGCUGAAAAGGGAACCGUGGUUGCUGGUGCCCCUCACUAUAGCAACUCAGAAGGACACGUUGGAAUCGUGGUACUUAUCGAAAUUAAGGAUACAUCUAAGAUGCAAACAACUAUACAAGGUUCACAGCCCGGAUGUGGAUUCGGUGCCUCACUCAUUGUACUGGACAUAAACGGGGACAACCUAGAUGACCUGCUGGUGGGAUCACCUUUCUACACUGACCAGGCUACUGACCAGGGCUUAGUGCAGGUGUACUACGGCACUAGCGAUAGUAGAAAUAUUCUACGACAAGGCGACGAUCUGAUGGGAGCGAGUUCGAUUUACGGGCGAUUUGGGCUGGCAAUGGCGGACAUAGGAGAUAUAAACGCUGACGGAUUCAAUGACGUAGCAAUUGGAGCUCCUUACGAAGAUGAUCAGAGUGGGGCGAUUUAUAUCUACAAUGGCAAUCGACAAAAUAUGAAUUCUGAUUUCUCUCAACGCAUCGCUGCUCAGGCAUUAAAUCAGGAGCUGAAGGGUUUUGGAUUCCACAUAUCUUCACCACUUGAUGCCGAUUUCAACACUUAUAACGAUAUAUCUGUUGGAGCAUACCUGUCAGAUCAGGCGAUAAUACUGAGAACCCGCCCUAUUGUCCAGCUGGAUCGAUAUGUGACCUUGAACCCAGAGUUGGUACCCUUGAACCCUGCCGGACAGACUUGUCAUAAACAAGGGGAUCCAUUCCCCUGUCUUACAUACAGCAUUUGCUUCAAUUUCACUGGCAGAGGACUGGACCGUAUUAAUAUUGAUAUUGGGCUGAGUGUUGACUUGCCACGGAAAAGAAAAGGGAAGUCUAGUCGAAUGGACCUUUACUUAGAGGACGAAAGACGAGGAGAUUCUUUUAUCAUCAAGUACCAAAUCCAGAAAAGUACUAACAGCUGUAAAACGAUUUUGGCGCGUGUGAAUUCUCUCGGGCGUGAGUUUUUCGCCGCCAUAGAACAGCCUGUCGAGUUUUACCUGAACUAUAGCCUGAGUAGAGAACCUGUGCUUGGAGAAGUGAUGCCAAUUCUCGAUAACCUGAAAGAUCCAACAAUCUCACGAAGUGCCAAUUUUAAUACGGGAUGUGGGAGACAACGAUGCAUAUCUAACCUUCAAAUAGAGGUCACUGUUGAUAAGGCUGAAGUCAUUAUGGGUUUAACAGAAGACAUAUCUCUCACUAUAAACAUCAACAACCUGGAAGAGCCUGCUUUCGUUACCAGAGUUCUUACCAAAUCCAGUGAAAAUGCACUUUUCCGCGGUGACGAGAUUGAAGCAGGGCAAAUUGUGUGUAAACAAAACGCAACAGGUAUGAUAGAUGAGGUGGCCUGUGACUUCACAACUCCAUUCUUCCAAACCAUGAUCGGCACAUUUGAUCUUAAAUAUACAUUCGAGAUGCUUGAUGACGAUGAUUUGAAUAACAUUGAUCCUAUGGUCAGCUUCAAUAUGAAUGUCACAUCAGAAAGCGAGGAGAUGAACCCAUCCGACAAUGAUCAGCUGAUAGAAAUACCAGUGAAGAUCAAACCUGACAUCAGCAUAUACGGAAGUUCGAAUCCAGAGCAAGCCACAAUUUCUCCUGAUUCGAACAAGCUACUCUACAUGGAAAAGACAUUUAAUAUCUAUAAUAGAGGACCUAGCCCUCUACCUGAGACCAGAAUCACAAUAGAAUUUCCCAGAAGGAACCUGCAAGGUGACAUACUUGUAGAGGCACAAAACACAAAGGUGUCACUCUCAUCCAGUAACGUGAAGUGUAGAAUACUCAGUAGCAGCGAGGAUUUGAACCAACAAACAACGACAACAUCGUCAGUGUCUCCCGAAAAAAUUGUAUCAUCUGAUAAUGUUCUACAGCGGUUGAUUCAAAAUAUGACGUGCAAUCGUUAUGAUUGUGUCCAUAUGGAGUGUUCGCUGAAACGACUGAAUGUGGAAUCCUCCGUUACCAUCACACUGGCUAUCAACAUCACAGAGUCAUCACUUACGUUUGAAAAGAAUGCAGAACGACUCAACUACGUCACUACAGCAGAAAUCCACAAACCACAACACCCUAGUGUUACAGUGGCAUGGCCCAAAUCACCAGUAAAAGCUGAGAUCCGUGCUGACAUUUACCCAGCUGAAGAAAUAAAGGUGACGGAAGAAUUUGAAAUUUGGAUCCUUAUAGUAGGCUGUCUUGGAGGUCUUCUCUUAUUUGUGGCACUCGGAUUAAUACUUUGGAAGUGUGGAUUCUUCAGAAGGAAAAAACGCGAAGAAGUACAAGCAUGGAAACGAAAGAGUGGUUACAACGCAAGGCGCACGCAACGAGCCUCAUCCAUGAACCGGAACACAAGCAGUAGUGUUAAAUCUCAUUCAAAAGACCCAAGAGCAACAUCAUUUUUAGAAUAAUGAAAGGCACUAUAGUUAAAAAAAAACACUGAGAGUUUGUGUAUAAAUGGUAAUGAUGAAAAAUGUUAUAGUAAAGAAAAAUGCUGGGUUAUAGUGUGUGGUAUGUAUGUUGUCAAGCAUCAUCCUAAUGUAAUACAAGGUUUGGUUUGGUUUUUAUAUAUUUAACUGACAAGUUGAUGGCGAUGAAUGAUCUUUAAGUAUUGAUUUUAUUUUAUAUUGUGUACAAGAUGGUGAGAAAUUUUAUGUUUUGUUCAUCUUUAUUUGUAUGAAAAUAGAAAAGGGAAAAACUGAAGCGAAUCAAUCCCCAGAUUGUUUUUAAAUUCAGAACAAAUAACAUCGCUUAAACGGCAGAUAAAUUGAGAGAUCAUAAGGGUAUGUUGACCAGCUGAGACCAUACAAAUAUUUUGAAACCAUAAUAAAUAAAUAAUAAUAGAUAAAUAAAUAGAUAAAUGAAAAUGUUUACCUUUUGAAAGUUUGUCUACAUAUUUGGAAUAUUCUGCGAAUAUCAAGUAUGUAAAACCAUAAACUGAUAUACAAGUAGAAUAUAAUCAUUUCAUAUUGUUUAUGAGGGGGUCUUUCGUUGUCAUAGUCUGACACGGUUGGUUGCCAUUUUCAUUCAGUAUUUAACACAAAGAAGAUAAAAUUUAUCUUUCAUGAGAAAGUCUUUAUUGAUUGCAGUGGUGAAAUCAUUGGUAUAUUCACUUUAUGGUUAAACAUAAUAUUUAAGUAAUUUUCGCAAAACCAUCUACAAGACAGGAAGUAAAUGUGAAGUAUUCUGAUGAAUUCAUCAAACAUGAAAACGUGUUCAUUAUUUUGAACAUUUUUUCUGUAAAUUCUUAGUGAUAGAAUCAAAGCAUUUGUAACAAUUGUUCAUCGAACAUGUACAGAUAUCGUCACAGCUUCACUUGUAAAUAGCAUAAAUCAAUAACUUUCCUGCGUUGAAUAUGAAGUAUCAUUUUUCUCAUGACUUGUGUUACAACAUGACAUUUUGAAUAGUAUCCUUACUUGUUCACUGAAAUGGUGAUUCGCAAUAAAGAUUAUGUUAAGCAAAUUGACACGUUCGUACAAUUCAGGAACUGAAGGGAACCUGCUGUCACAUUUUAAGUUUUGCCCUCUUCACCUAUUAGCAAUAUUGAUGUAAAUAAGCGAUUUUUCAUGAAAGAAAACCAGUAAAGAUAACUGCAUGUUUGUUAAAAAUCAAAUUGAAAAAGAAACCCAUUGAUCUUUUCAUGAUUUUCCCGAUUUCCCUAAAUUUGUGAAUUUGAGUCCUUGUAAGAUACAAACUUUACAGUAAAACAUUCACAUCUUUUAUUGCGAAUUUAAAGACGCGCAAAAACGAAGAGACAUGUUCGAAGACAAAACUUGUGACGAUUUUUUUUCUCAUAUUCAUUAUACACUACACAAGGUUAUACAGAAACUGGUUGAUAUGCAUGCAUAAAUGUUCGGUGCCUUUUGUAAAGCUUUAUACAAUAUGUAAGCCAUUGUCGAGAAUGAACAUGUUGCUUAACUUCAAAUAUAUGUUGUAGGAAUAUAAUACUGUAAGAUGCCUCAGAAGAACUUUUGACACUGUUGUCAUACAUUUUUUCAAUUAUGGUUAGGUGGCGACAGACACUUUUUAAUCAUGAUUCUGUUGAUAGUUUUAGAAAACGAAUCUUUGUUUUAAGCAUAUAUUUCGUUUACUAUCAUAAGGCCAAUAUCUUAAUAUGCUUCAUUUACCUUUCAUGAUGAUAACAAACAUGAAGAUGAAGUCGUAUCAUAAUUUAAUUUGAGUAAGUACAUUCCCUUCGAUGAAGUAUCGUUAUGUAUUAACAAAUUCAAUUUUAUAGUUUCCUGUUUUGAUGUUUAUUGUAGAUCGUUUUGUGUACUGCUAUUGCGAUUGUGUUUUCUAAUUAACAUGGAGUACAUACGUUGGGCACACAUUUGUAUUUCAAUCAAGAUAACACAGUGUGACAUUAUCCCCCGUGCCCGCUCUUUAAAAAACAUUUUAUAUAUAUUUGACAUUUUAACACAAUUAAUGAAGGAAGACAAUUGUUGACUCGAGCGCUGUCCGAGCUGGAAACGUACUCAGUUGUGACGAGGCUGUACACAGUAAAAUACAUCACCAUUCUAAAUAAUUCUCUGGAUCUUUGUUUGUCGAGUCAACAUUUUACACCACAUAUUUGCAAUGCUUUUUUGUCCCAAGAACAUAAUGGACAUUUGUUAUUAUAUGCAUACGAAAAGUAAUCUGCCACAUGUUUGCAAAAAAUAGCAGUUGCAAAUAUAUCAAUAUAUCAUUGUGUUGGGUAUAUAUUUUGUAGUAAGACACAGCACAUCAUUUGUCAUACUAAAAAGCGAAAAAAAUGCCCAUGUACCUCAGCUGUCUCUCACUUAAAUGACUAGUAUUUUAUACCUUUAUGAACUGUUUUUGUCUGUUAAUGUACAGGUGUGAGUGAGAGAACUCACUUGAUAAUAGUUCAUUGAUGUCACAUAUGUUACUUCCAUUUGUUUUUCAUUUCACUGCUAAAAUACCAGGUUUAAUCUCUCAUAUAGUUGUUUCUCUUGAAACAUUUAAUCUGUCCAUCUCAAGUGACACUAUGCUAACACAUCCUUAAAGUAUAAGAUAAAGGACCAUUUACGAGUGCAAUUAAUCUCCUGAAAUUGACAAGGAUUACGAUCAAUAUUCUCUCCGGGUUUUAGAUAAAGGACAAGUUUUAUUCUUAAAGAUGGUUUUAUGUUGAAAUAUUUGCUAGAAUUUCAAAAAUAUCGUGCAUUAUUAACAUCUUAUUUAAUACAAAAACAAAAACAUGAUUUGUACCAACGAUACAGAUGUGGGAACAGUAACUCACAUAACAGAUACAGUAAAGUCAAACACAAAUCAAACUGUAGCAUAGCUCUGAUAUAUGUUACAAUCAAAACCAACAAUCGCGGUAUCAGAGUAAAUGAUUGUACAAAUUGUUGUAGUUUUGCUGUACGUUGAACACAAACGACUAAAACUUAUUUUUGCUGUAUAUUGAACACAAACGACUAAAACUUAUUUUUGCUGUAUAUUGAACACAAACAACUAAAACAUAUUUUGAUGUAUUAUGAACAAAAACAUUUAAAACUUAUUUUUGCUGUAUGUUGAACACAAACAAUUAAAACCUAUUUUUGCUGUAUAUUGAAUUUGCUGUAUAUUGAACACAAACGACUAAAACUUAUUUUUGCUGUAUGUUGAACACAAACGAUUAAAACCUAUUUUGGCUGUAUAUUGAACACAAACAACUAAAACUUAUUUUUGCUGUAUGUUGAACACAAACGAUUAAAACCUAUUUUUGCUGUAUAUUGAAUUUGCUGUAUAUUGAACACACACGACUAAAACUUAUUUUUGCUGUUUAUUGAAUUUGCUGUAUAUUGAACACAAACGACUGAAACUUAUUUUUGCUGUACGUUGAACACAAACGACUAAAACAGAUUUGAUGUAUGUUGAACACAAACGAUUAAAACAUAUUUGAUGUAUGUUGAACACAAACAUUUAAAACUUAUUUUUGCUGUAUGUUGAACACAAACGAUUAAAACCUAUUUUUGCUGUAUAUUGAAUUUGCUGUAUAUUGAACACAAACGACUAAAACUUAUUUUUGCUGUAUGUUGAACACAAACGAUUAAAACCUAUUUUGGCUGUAUAUUGAACACAAACAGCUAAAACUUAUUUUUGCUUUACGUUGAACACAAACGACUAACACUUAAUGUUGUUGAAAGUUGAACACAAACGACUUAAACUUAUUUUUGCUGUAUAUUGAACACAAACGACUAAAACUUAUUUUGCUGUAUUGUAUGUUGAACACAAACGACUAAAAAUAUUUUUGCUUUACGUUUUUACGUUGAACACAAACAGCUCAAACUUUUUUCUUUUUUUUUUUCAUGUUAUAUAGCAGUUUUCUUUUAAUGAAUCAAGUGUAACAAAGUUUAUUUAUAACGGGACAAUUUCAUGUGAUUUUUUUUCUCUGAUUUUAGUGUACUAGUGCAUUUAUGAAGAAAUUAAAACAAUUAUUUGUGAUGAAUAAAUAUCAUAUGAAAGACUUCUAAUAGUUACUCGUCAAAUUUGGGAGGUAAAAUCAUAUAAAAAAUAUUUACUUUUGUUACUUUUCAAGAUCUCUGUGAAAUCAUUCUGUAUAUAUGUAUAGAAACAGAAACAUUCCUUUCUGAAACAACUGAAACAGCAGCAAUAGACUUACUUGUAUCAAUCAUUUGAAAAAAAAAAUAAAAAGAUGAAAAUAU